AUGCCGUCCACCGCGACUGAUGUGUUUCGAGCCGGCGCCAAUGCCCUCAUCACCGGCGCAGGUUCCGGCGUCGGACUCGCAGUGGCGCAACUGUGCGCUUCGCACAAGAUGAAUCUCAUCUUGGUCGACAACAAUGCCCAAGCCCUCGCCAAUGCCAAGACCUCUCUCCCAGAUGGUACCAACAUCGAGGUCCACACCAUGGACGUCUCUUCAUUGAACGAGUGGAACGAGCUCAAGACCAAAGUCGAGGCCGGCGGAAGGGAGUUAGACCUGUUGCACCUGAAUGCGGGAAUCGGCGCCAACGGAGACUGGACCGACACCCAGUAUUUCCAGACCAUCUUCGCGACCAACCUGUUCGGCGUCGUGAACGGCCUCAACGUCUUCGUCCCGCAUUUCCAACAGCCGCAGCAGCGCAGCCAGAGAGCCAUCAUCGUCACGGGUUCCAAGCAAGGCAUCACCAACCCCCCCUCGAACCCGGCCUACAACGCCAGCAAGAGCGCCAUCAAGACCCUGACGGAACACCUCUCCUUCGACCUCGCCAAGUCGAGCCCGCGGACAAGCGUGCAUCUCCUCGUCCCAGGCUGGACCUUCACCGGCCUGACCGGCGGCGGGUCCACCAAGGAGAAACCGGCGGGUGCGUGGGCGCCGGAGCAGGUGGCGGAGUAUCUGUACCGGAAGAUGUCGGAGGGCAAAUUCUACGUCAUCUGCCCUGACAACGAUGUCGAUUGGGAGACGGAUCGGAAACGCAUGACCUGGACGAUGGGGGACAUUGUUUACGAACGACAGCCGCAGAGUCGGUGGCGCGAGGAAUACAAACAGGAGGCGACCGAGACGAUGGAGAAGAUGCGAUUGGGCACGGAACAGCUUGGAUCUUCGUCAUAG